CACAGGAGAUCCCUGAGGAGAAGACCAGCGUAGACCGGGGUUAGCCACGACUCACACAGCCUGCCACCAGAUCCGGUUUGGAGCCAGAUUUUAGUCUUCAGAGCCGCAGCACCAGGUUAGAUUCCCGACCAGAACCACCGUGUAGCAGUCAUGUCUGUGGCGGGACUGAAGAAGCAAUUCCACAAAGCCACUCAGAGAGUGAGCGAGAAAGUCGGAGGAGCAGAAGGAACAAAGCUCGAUGUGGACUUCACUGAAAUGGAAAAGAGGGUGGACACCACCGCUCGAGCCGUGAUGGACAUCAUGACAAAAACCACUGAGUAUCUGCAGCCAAACCCAGCCACCAGAGCCAAGAUGAGUAUGAUGAACUCCAUGUCCCGUAUGCGAGGACAGGAGAAGGGGCCGGGGUACACACAGACCGAGACCAUCCUGGCAGAGUCCAUGCAGAGGUUCGGCAGGGAGCUCGGAGAGGACUCUACCUUUGGUGUGGCUCUAAUUGAUGCUGGAGAGGCUAUGCGUGAGCUGGGUGAGGUGAAGGACGCUCUAGACAUGGAGGUGAAGCAGAACUUCAUUGAUCCAAUGCAGAACCUUCAUGAUAAAGACCUCAAGGAGAUUCAGCAUCACCUGAAGAAACUGGAGGGUCGCCGUCUGGACUUCGAUUAUAAGAAGAAACGUCAGGCCAAAGUGACAGAGGAUGAGCUCAAACAGGCACUGGAGAAAUUUGAUGACUCCAAGGAGGUCGCUGAGCAGAGCAUGUUCAACUUGUUGGAGAGUGAUAUCGAACAGGUGAGCCAGCUGGCGGCGUUGGUCCAUGCUCAGGUGCAGUACCACACCCGGUCCGCUGAGAUCCUGACACAGCUCUCCAGCAAGAUCGACGAACGGAUAAGAGAAAUCUCUAACAAACCGAGGAAAGACUUCAUGCCAAAGCCUCGUACGUCUCUGGACUUAAGCAUCAGUGAGAACUACAACGGAGGACUCCAUGGAGCUCGCUCUCCAGGUGCCAGGUCUCCAGCAAGGUCUCCAGCAAGAUCUCCAGCCAGGUCUCCAGCCCCCUUGGAUCAGCCCUGCUGCCGCGCUUUGUACGACUUUGACCCUGAGAACGAAGGUGAGCUAGGCUUCAAGGAAGGAGACAUCAUUACCCUGACCAAUAAGAUCGACGACAAUUGGUACGAGGGUAUGCUGCAUGGCAACUCGGGCUUUUUCCCCAUCAACUAUGUGGAUAUCCUGGUGCCGUUGCCCCAGUAAGAAGACAAGACUACAGUAGUGUCUGCAAUGAAUCCUGGCCUCCAGUUGCAGUAUUUCCACUAACCUUUUCCCAAACAUUCCUACUAACACAACUUUAUUUUUCUGUUAAGGCGUCAAAAAGCAAUGAAUAAAUAUGAACAAGACUUACCAAAGUGCAGGAUGGCCUAAAAAGUGUAAAAACUCAGCAUUGACGUAACUUCUUCUCCGUCUCACUUAAAGUACUUUCAAGCUUCUCUAGUCAUUUUUGCAUUUUGUCUCUGUUGUAGUCAGCUGUCAGUCCAUCACUAGUUUAUUGAACAUCUUUACUAAUUCAUGCUUUCUCUCAGUCUUCGUAUUUUGUGGAGAUACAGUAGAUAGAAGCAUUUCUUUCACAUACAACUGACAAAACAAACGAGUCUACAUGCAUUUUGUUUGUCAGGCAUGUAGCUCAAAUAAUUUGAACAAAAACAUGUAGUAGUUUUAGUGUAAAAUUUUCCUCCUUUUAAAAUAGGUUUUCCCUGACAGUUAUAGUCUCUUUCCUAAAACAUUCAUUUCCUGUCAUGUAAAAAAACCUUUGAUCCAGAGGAGUUUUGCCAAGGUUACAGACAUGUUUAUCAGGCUGUCCUUUUUCUCACAUGGGACAAAUGUCUUCAUGUUUGAUGCAACAUGGUGAAGGAAGUCAUAGCAACAUAUGAAACACGUGUUAUGAUCUCUCAUUUUUGCAGCAAUCCACAAAAAAUAUGGUGGAUGCAUUCAAGUCCUCCAAUAUGUAACAAUAGAAAACAUAGUUUGUGUAUUGUGACCUUAAAAGUCUUGUAGAAAAGGUUUGGAUUUUUUAAUGUGGGGUCCUGUUGAGUUUUUAUCAGCAGGCAGCAUCUUACCUGAGGAAGAUAACUUUUUGAAGGACUUCAGUUUGGAGAAACAGAUUAAUUCCUGUUAGCUAACAUCUACUCAGAGCAGGUCCAGGACCUUAUUGCAGAUUUCUGUUAUCAUAAAACAACUCAUCUAAAAUAUUUCAUGGAUUGUAUGCAAGCAUUAUUUUAUAAACCUUUAUGGCAUGGGAUAUGGGUUUCCAACUAGACAGCCACAAGGUGUGAACAAUGAAUGACAGAAUUAUUUAUUAGUCUGUUUUCAAGCAUGUAACCAGGUCGCCAUGCGAAGCAGUGCAGUUUACAAAAUUUUUUAGCAGGUGUUUGUUCGUACUGACCGUAGUAUUUCUGCACUGUAGUCAUAGAACACAUUGCACAACACAACACAUGUUUUACAUAAAUCACAGACUGCAAAGAACUGCAGAUGAUCACAGUCUUCAGUUUAAAUAACCAAUAAAUGUGAAGGUGAUGGCAGUUUGAAGAAUUAUAACAUAAGAUUUGCAUAAAUUGCAUUUAUGAAACUGGGGUUGUUUAAAGAUAUCAGAAAUCCUUUCUGAAACUACGUGCUUAGCUCUCUAAACUGAAAUUAGUCAAAGAGUUAUUUCUGCAAGUAAAACACUGACUGCUCAAUACUACUAUCAAACUCACUAAAAAUAUUUAAACUAUCGUUAUUUAACUGCUCAUUAGAACAAAUGUUUCUUCUGCAGAGGUAGAUGUUGUGUUGCCUAUUGCUGUGGAAAUCUAAAAGCUUCUGGUACAACUUCACCGACUCCCAAGGUGCAUGGAGAGGGCUCAAAAAUCUGGACCAAGAGGCAAAACCUACUGGGAAGCAACUUUCUUAGCAAUAAAUCCAACCCACAAGCCAAAACCUGUUGGUCGGCUAAUAAAGUUGCUUCCCAGUAAGUUUAGCCUCUUGGUCCAAUAAGUAACCUGUAGUUUAUUUGUAGAAAACACUAAGAGGAAGCUAGAUGUGAAUAUUUACAGGAGAAAAAACAAAAUGUGCAAAUAGCGGCAAGGAUUGAGGGUUCAUUUAUACUUUUUGAGGUAAUAAAGAUUUGAAAUAAAUAUUUUUCUUUUUCCAUAUCUCAACAGAACUCAAAAUUUGUUUGAUUUAUCCAUAUAGACCAUGCAUGGCGAUGAGAUUGUUUUCUGAAAAUCAAAAACUCACUGUUCUGUUUUUAUUAGCUUGAUGCAGCGGUGCACACGUCAUCUCUUUAAGACUUUAUACUCUUCUACGUCGACGAUACAUUAAACGUUCUGCAGAUGUUUUCAGCGUAUUAAUGUUGAUGCAUGUAUUUUAAGGGAAAUGAGUGUAUUUGGGUUUGCAUAUUGCUCAUGUUCUGCACAGAAACAAGUAAAGAGAACCUCUGCUGCUAACAGGUACAGUUUCAGACUGUGUUUAGCUUCAAAACAAUAAUCAAGGGAUCAGUUUACUACAUUCAACGGCGCUACAAUAAAGGAUGCAAAAUCAACUCAAUAUAUAUAAAGUGUUACUUUUUUGUCAAAGGAAAGCACAAUUUUUUGUUGGCUGGUGAAAAAUAGUGCUACAGUUUGAAGAGGUUGUGUAUUUAUUCAUUUUUUAAGCUAAAUUCUUUCUUCCUUCUUUCUCUCACUUUUUUUAAAAAUUCUGUGUAUCUUUGCCCUCAAUGAGGACUGUACAGCUUUUUCUGUGUUUUGUUUUCACCUUGUGUGUAUAGUCACGCAUCUUCAGUAACGUAUCUUAUUUUUGUAACUGUGUCAAAAGUAUUCACAAACAGUAUAGAUGUGUGUAUAUAUAUAUAGAGUAUAUAACACAGAAGUGAUGUAAUACGUUGGGAGUAAGGAGUUUGUGGUACUCUGUGCUGCACAUGAUUGUCUGAAAUAUCUUUUUUGUGUUUUGUUCUGUUGUUGCACUGGAUUCUAUGACUGUACGCUUGAUGUAAAGAUAAGAAAUGUGAUGAGUCAAUGUAAUUUAUUCAAAUAAAUGACAAGAAAUGGUUAUUCCCCAA